GGCUCCUGUUCCCCUCGGGGAUGCUGGGAAAUGUAGUCGGAGCUGCGGGCUGUCGGAGGCUCUUCCGCUGCAAGAGGUUAAGAUCGCGGCCUUCGUUUAGCUCUGGAAGGACCACAGACAAGACCGUGGUAUCUCCCAGCCUCCUCUGCUUCCCUUGCCCUGACUUCUGAAAGAGGGCUGCGGAACGGUGGCCGCAGUCCGGGCCUCCUGGCAGCAGAGCCCCACCCUGACCGGACUUAGCAUUCGUCUACCUUUUCUGCUUCAAGUGGUAGCCGCACGGACCUCUGUUUCAUGGACCUUGUCAUAUUCUUCUCAGAGUGCCCAGCACAAGGUCAGCAGAGAGGAGUAAUUCAGUGGACCCCAGUCCUCCACCCCUUCACAGUACCACAUGUCCACAGGGGGACCCUCGAAUGUCUCCCCAUCCAUGGAUGCAGCCUGCUGAAACACUCCUUCCAUGAUGGCAGCCUGUUCUCUGGUCACCAGUGAAUCCUGCCAACUACGCCAAUUGUCUUGCCAAUGGAUUUCAGCCCCAGUUGAAGACAGGCACAGAGGUGUAGGUGCCUGGACCAGAGUCACACGACCAGGACAGCAGCAGCUUCUUCACAGGUACGUGGAGGAAUGAAACAAUGCGUGCCAAGCCCUUGGCACGGUCCCUAACGGACGUGGCUCUUCCCUAGAAGGAGGACAAAAUGACCAAGUUCAAGGAGGCAGUGACGUUCAAGGACGUGGCUGUGGUCUUCAGCGAGGAGGAGCUGGGGCUGCUGGGCUCCGCCCAGAGGCAGCUAUACCGAGACGUGAUGCUGGAGAACUUCAGGAACGUGGUCUCUGUGGGGCAGCAGUCCUUCACACUGGAUGUCAUACCCCAGCUGGAGAGAGAAGAAAAGCUUAGGAUGAUAAAGACAGCAACCCGGAGCCGUAGGUUCUCAGGAGACAAGAAUCUAAAUGACAUGGAGACUCUUCAAGAAGUUCCAUUAAGGUACCUGCCACAUGAAGAGCUUUUCUGCUCACAAAUCUGGCAACAGGUUACAAAGGAGUUAACCAGGUGUCAAGAUUCCAUGGUAAAUACUCAAGGGACUGGAUCUCAGUGGGAAAAACAAGGUGAUGCCUUCUAUAAAGAUGAGGAGUUUGAUAAAGGCUUUAACCAGAGUUCACAUCUUCAAGUUCACCACAGAAACCACAGUGGAGAAAAACCCUACAAAGGGGAAGAUUAUGAGAAAGUUUUCAUUCGGGGCUUUCAUCUUCAAAUUAAGCAGACAGCCCAUGUAGGAGAGAAGCCCUAUAAAUGUGAAAAAUGUAAAAACACCUUCCGUCGGCUUUCAAGUCUUCAAGCCCAUCAGAGAAUCCACAGUAGAGAGAAAUCUCACAAAUAUACUACAUCAUGUAAAGGUUUCAAUCAAAGGUCAUUUCUUCAUCAUCCUCAGAGACUCCCCACUGGAGAGAAUCCACACAGAUAUGAGGAGUGUGGAAGGAAUAUUGGGAAAAGCUCACAUUGUCAAGCUCCUCUGAUAGUCCACACAUUAGAGAAACCGUAUAAAUGUGGGGAGUGUGGACUGAGCUUCAGUCAGAGCGCAUAUCUUCAAGUCCAUCAGAGAGUCCACAUGGGAAAGAAACGUUACAAAUGUGAAGAGUGUGGGAAGGGCUUCAGUUGGCGUUCACGACUACAGGCUCAUCAGCGAAUCCACACUGGAGAGAAACCAUACAAAUGUGAUGCAUGUGGCAAGGGCUUUAGUUAUAGCUCACACCUUAACAUUCAUUGUAGAAUCCACACAGGAGAAAAACCUUAUAAAUGUGAGGAGUGUGGGAAAGGCUUCAGUGUGGGCUCACACCUUCAAGCCCAUCAGAUAAGCCACACUGGAGAGAAACCAUACAAAUGUGAGGAGUGCGGGAAGGGCUUCUGCAGGGCCUCAAAUCUUCUGGACCAUCAGAGAGGUCAUACUGGUGAGAAACCAUAUCAGUGUGAUGCAUGUGGGAAAGGCUUCAGUCGUAGCUCAGAUUUUAACAUUCAUUUCAGAGUCCAUACAGGAGAGAAGCCCUAUAAAUGUGAGGAGUGUGGGAAGGGCUUCAGUCAGGCCUCAAAUCUUCUGGCCCAUCAGAGAGGCCACACUGGGGAAAAGCCAUACAAAUGCAGUACUUGUGGGAAGGGCUUCAGCCGGAGUUCAGAUCUUAAUGUUCAUUGUAGAAUCCACACCGGAGAGAAACCCUAUAAAUGUGAGAAGUGUGGUAAGGCCUUCAGCCAGUUUUCAAGCCUUCAAGUCCAUCAAAGAGUCCACACUGGAGAGAAACCAUAUCAGUGUGUGGAGUGUGGGAAGGGCUUCAGUGUGGGUUCACAACUUCAAGCCCAUCAGAGGUGCCACACUGGGGAGAAACCUUACCAAUGUGAGGAGUGUGGAAAGGGAUUCUGUCGGGCCUCAAAUUUUCUGGCUCAUCGAGGAGUCCACACAGGCGAGAAACCAUACCGAUGUGAUGUGUGUGGUAAGCGCUUCAGACAGAGAUCGUACCUUCAAGCCCACCAGAGGGUCCACACUGGAGAGAAACCAUAUAAAUGUGAGGAAUGUGGUAAGGUCUUCAGUUGGAGCUCAUACCUUCAAGCUCAUCAGAGAGUCCACACUGGAGAAAAGCCAUACAAAUGUGAGGAGUGUGGGAAGGGCUUCAGUUGGAGCUCAAGUCUUGUAAUUCAUCAGCGAGUCCAUGCUGAUGAUGAGGGUGAUAAGGACUUUCCCUCCUCAGAGAAUUCAUAUAGGAAAGAAGCUCUAUAAAAUUUUAUGUUCUAAUACUUAAAAUGGGUGCUGAAAUAGUCCAAUUAUCGGACCUGUUAUAGAAGACAAAAUACUUGUUUCAUAAAAGAGUAAGUGAAAGCUUGGCAUUUGACAUGGUUGGGUGGCCACACAGCAGAGAAACCUUGUGAGUGGACACAUAAGGAUUUGAUUCAGAACCUUGAUGUUUAGCAGACACACAGAAGAGAGGCUUAGGAAGGACGGGUGCGAUCUGGAGUUAACCAGAAAUACUAAGAUGGAAAUGUCAGAAUCUGUUCCAUUAGAAGAUAAGCUCCAAGAGGGUAGGGAUUUUGCUGACUGCCAAAUCUACUCCGUUCGGUGCCUAACACCUUGUAGGUGUUCAGUAAUGGUAAAUGAGUAAAUGGGAGAAGAUCAUUUGAUAUUUGUAUUCAGUUUAUCUCAAAUUUCUAUAAAAUGUAUUUAGAAGAGGAAUUCUGCCAGGCUCAGAGGACAUUUAAAUUAGACACACGAGCUCAUUUUCCCAACCCUGAAGGUCCUGUGAACUACUACUUAUCAACCCUUAGUGGGUCCAGAAAUCAAUUCAGUGGGUUGUGACCAGCACUCCCAUAAACUGUUGUAUGCUAACAAUACUUUAUUGAGGUAUAAUUUAUAUGCAAUAACAUGGCUAAAGAUCAAGUUUACAGCUUCAUGAAUUUUGACAAAUGUAUACGCUUGUGUAAUUAUCAGCAAGAUGAAUGUAUACAGUAUUUCUGUUAAACCAGAAUGUUUCCUUGUGUACAUUUCCAGUCAUUCCCACCUCCAGGGGCAAAAAGUAUUAGAUGUCUAUACCACAUAUCAGAGGUUUGUUCUUGAGCCUUGUAUGGGUUCAGUAUGUACUCAUGUCUGGAUCCUUUGGAUCAAAUAUGUGAUCAUGAGUAGAUUCAGAGGGCACUUGACAGAAUUCAAUAUCCAUUCAUGAUAAUUUCUCAGUGAAAUAAAAGGUCUAUGGAAAUUCUACAAUUCUAACAUUCUUAUAUUAUUAUUAAGGAAUUUACAUACAGUAAAAUCGACUCUAGUGUGUCAGUGUUGUGGCAAAUGCUCACUAUUAUAUUAGCACCAUCACAAUGAAAGCAUUUCGGAAUCCAGCACCCCUUGCCCUGAAUUUCCUUGGUACUCUGUAGUCAGCCCUUCUCCCUAUCACCCCUCACCUCUGACAACCACUGACCUGUUUUCUGUCUGUACAGUUUACCUUUUUCGGAAUGUCCUAUAAAUGGAAUCAUACAAUAAUGUAAACUUUAGGGUCCAGCUUCUUUCACUUAAUGCCUCUAAAAUUAAUUUCUUUCACUUAAAUUAAUGCUCUGAGAUUCAUCAAAUGAUAUGUGUAUCGGUAGUUGUUCCAUUUGUUGCUGAUUGUAUGGAUGGGCCAUGUUAUUUAUCCUUUUAUGACUUGAAGGAUAUUUGGGCUCCCAGUUUUUCAUGAAUAUGGAGAAAGCAGCUAUAAAUAUUUCCAUACAAGUUUGUGUGUCAACACAAAUUUUAAUAAAUAUGAGUGGGAUUGCUGC